AUGGAGUUGGGUGGAGACCGAGGUUGCCAAUGCAAGCAAGCAGCACAUGGGAAGGCAAGCGAGAGCGCCACCCUCGUCAAAUUAGCUGAGGAUCGCCACCAUACCCUUGAUGUGUCUGAAGCUGUCGAAGGCAAUGGCGGGGUGCCAUUUUACAGGGCGCUGUUGGAGUUGCUGGCAGCGCUGAAGUGUGCCGUGUGUGAAAUUUCCAUCACCAUGGUCAUGGUGGGCCGCACAGGGGACGACCUUAGAGUAGUGGAAUUGGAGACUUGCGACGUGCUCGCUGCCCCCAAAACAAAACCCCAGGGAAGGUGGAAGUUGCAAAUUCGAAGUUGGCGGUGGCGGCAAUCGUCUCGUGAGGAGGACAGUGGCGCGGAGGCGAGAAAAGGAGGCGAUGUCCGUCCCACGUUCAGCCGCCCCCCUUCACUCUCAUCUUCAUCCUGGGUCAUAUACUUCGAGGCUUUUGGCUCGUUGAAGAGAAGGCCCUUCUUAAAUAACAAGCUUGAGUUGUGCCAUCCCAGCGAGAAAGUUCCCACUGAAAAUGAUCGAGAGAGGAGAAGAGAUAUUAUCGAGAAGAGAGCUCUUGCUCACUUAGUACCUGUCUAA